AUGGACACAGGUGGUGGGUCCCAUGCCGAAAGGCCGUCUGGUGGAGAGGCCACGCCCAAGAGGCCGCGGCUUUUGCUGGACCGUCCUCCAGGUCGAAGCCCAGGGUCAGCCGCAUCGCCAGCCAGUGGCCUGUACCCUCCAGGAUAUGCUGGUGUCAACAUGGUGGUGGGAGACGUUGGGCUGGAUGAGUCCAGUGACUUUGGCGGCUGGAGCGAAGAGCUCAAGGAGGCGAUGGUCGAUGAAAGCGAGCACGCUGGCAGCUACUACCAGGAAGUGGUGUGGGACGAUGAGGCGGAACACGCUCCCGAGCUCACGGAGGCAGAGCUUGCUCAGGUUGAUUCCGAAGCCGACCGAAAAGAAGCAGGUCGUUUGUUGGAGAUGGGGGUCAUUCGUUGGCCCCGUGAAGGCGAGGACCUCACCGAGUACCAGUCGUUGACGACGAAAGUUGUUCGAGAUUGGAGGCGGAGGCCAAAUUGGGUGAGGCGCAGUCGUUUGGUGGGCCGCGAGUUCAGAACGAUGAGCGCAGACACCCAGGAGCUGUUCGCACCGGCAAGCACGCUGGCAGCAACUCACGCGUUCUUGGCCGUGGCCCUGACGAGGAAGCUUGAGGUCUGCACCUUCGACUUCAAGGACGCUUACCUUCAAGUGGAGCAACCGGUGCCAAUGACAAUCGAGGUUGCAGCUUCUAUGUUUGGUGCCGUCAGGCAGGGCACUGUUACCUUGGUGCUGGACAAGCUGCUUCCUGGCCAAAGGAUUGGGGCAAGCGCCUGGUUUGGCUUUGCAAAGGACCUCCUAGCCAAGGGCGGCUACACUGGCUUUGUCAAGGAGCCCACUCUUUUCAAGAAGGACGCUGGUGGGAGCCAGGCGGGUGUCAUCCUGCAUGCCGAUGAUGGGCUCAUGGCUUCAACCGCAGCCGAGCGUGAAAAGCUCAAGAAGGUGUUGCGGGAAAAGGUGCAAGUGGAGUUUUCAGACCCAAUGGUUGGGCCAGGCGACGAGAUCCAGUUCCUCAAGAGGAAGUAUGUGAUGGGAGAGAAGGGGAUAGUCGUGUACUCCAAUGGGCGCUACCUCGAGGCACUUGUGAAGGCCCUCGGUGACAGCCUUAAAGUGCGGGACGCCCCGGCCGACAACAGCUUCCUGGAAACAGACGGGAGCAAAGAGCUUGGGGCCAAGGAGGCGGAAGGAGUACAGGGAGGCGGUGGUAUUGGAGAUGAGGGGAGCAAGGUGGUGAUUGAAGCAAUCACCAUGGUGGUUGAGACCAAGUGCAGGACAGACAGUGCAGCUUGCAAAGGCAUAGCAAACCGCCUGGGGUGCGGCCGUGUGCGGCAUUUGGCAUGUGGCUUGCUCUGGGUGCAGCAAUGCGUCAAGGAGGGCCGAAUCCUGACCGGCAGCAUCCCCGGGGUGUUUAAUCCUGCAGACUUGGGGACGAAGCCACUCUCAGGUGGCAGAGUUCGCGAACUUUUGUUUACAAUGGGGGCCGUUGAGCCCGAUGGCCAGCCCUACGGGCAAGCAGACAAGGAGGCCGCGGACCACAAGAGGAUGGUUUCGCAGGCUUUGAAAGAGUGCCGAGAGAGCUCUGGAUCAGUGAGUGCAGUGCAGGUGAACAGGUGGCUGCCAGUGCUUUUGUUGAUGGCACAGGCAGGACAAGGCCAGGGCUUGAGCUUGGCUGCGCCAAUCGCUGCGCUUGCUGAGCCGGAGUUUGCUUACAGCGUGGUUGCGGCAGCGGGGAUCGGCUUGGUCACAAUGGUGGUGUUCUUGGGCAUUCCUUUUACAGUGCUGAAACUGCUUAAGUGGAGUUUUGGCAAGGGGUUUUUCCGUGCAAAGACCCGAGACGCCGACACCCAAACUGACGUGCCGAGGCCAAAGGUUGAGCCGAAAGUGAAGCGUGAAAGUGAUGCUUUUGCGCAAGAGUACGUAGAUCGAUGUACAGAUUUGCAGUCGCUCCUUAGUGAGCGCUGCCGCCAGAACCGUGAAAUGGAGAGGGCCCUGUACGAAGUUAGGCAGUACGUGAAUGCAAGGCCUCCCGAUUGCUCCAGCACCUUCAGCUCUUUGAGUCGAGCCCUCCCCCUGCAACGGGUGCCUCUUCAACUUCCCCGGUCAGCCCAGGUCUUUGACUCCGUCGAUUUCAGCAAGCGAGAGGUUGAGCAAUCUUUCCCUCCGUGCCCUACCUCGUGGGUUGAUCGUGCAGCUUCUUUGGGGUCUGCCAACCUGAGCCCUCGCUCUCGAGUUUUGCGUGCUUGGCGAGCCGGUCAGUGGGCUCGCCGUGUGCUUCAGGGCCAAUACGCCACUCCUUUGCCCUCGGAGAAUUUGCGGCUUGCCUCUCGCUUUUACGUUGUGGUGGCGGCGACGCGCAGCCUGCUCUUUACCGGACCUUUCGAGAGUUCAACGCGGCCGUCGGCCCCCUUGCAUCCUCUCAGCGUUCUGCCUUUCUCGGAGCGGGGCCAGGUGUGGAUCUACGAGCAUGCCUCAGGAGAUGGGGCCAUAGCCCCGGCCCUGGCUUUUGCACCCCCUGUGCCCGACCAGAGCCUUUCGGCAAUCGUGGUGGACUUGUCUGUGCAGGCCGUAGCUGGUGCCCCCGAGCGGCUCCAAUACUACUCUGCAGAGGAAGGGCCACCGGAGCCCCAGCAAAAGCAGAAGCGCAGUGUGCUCCGCUUAUCCCGGGACGAUGUUCCGCCGCCGGCCGCCUCGGGUAUGCCUUCCGGAAGCGGGCCGCCAAAGCCGCCGGGCCCAAAGAGAGUUACGACUGCGACUUUGGCCAGCCAGCUCGAGAACCUGACUUCGACUCUUCCUUCUCUGGUCAGGUCCAUGGACGAGCUUUCAGAGAGGCAAGCCGGGUGGAAAAGCAGAUGGGAGCGGGGCCCUCCGCGCCGUCUUGGAGCAAUCCCGGGCCUUGACCACACUGGUUGCGCAGCUUGCAGGGUUUUCGGGGACAUUCUCUCCGACUCCAGCAGCCCUGUUGCCCAUUUCAGUGCCCGAGAGCCCAGCCAAAGAGCAAAGAUGCAGGAGGAGCUCUCGGCCGACAAGGGGGUGUUCUUCGCGGCGGUGCUCCAGAACAUGGCAAAGAGAAUGGCUCCGGCUGCCAGUCUGAGCUCGGAGCCUGCCGAGCUGCUUCAGCAAGGGGUGUGUUUGUCCCGCUACUGGGAGCGGUUCGGAGGCCUCCGACCAUCUUGCCUUCUUGCUGUGUGCGUGGAGCAGAUGAGUAUGGAUUCCGGUCGGGCCGAGCUUGGCUAUCAGCUGACUUGGCUCGAAGAGCCUCCCGCGGCAAUGUUUACAGCACGCUCGUCAAAGAGUGCCAUGCACACCCGUGCCUUCGCACCCUUGGCUUCUCAGAGGUGGGUGGCGAUUGUCUUGAGCUACACCAAGGAGCUGGACGUGAUUGCCACAAAGCGGGCCGAUAUGAGGAAGGGUGGUGCCCCUUUGGGCUCUGGGUCAGGUGCAAAAGACGAGGACUCCGAGGACACUCCCUCGCCGUCACGCCCAAAGAGGUAUGCGGCUCCCCUGGCGUUGCUCGUCGGCCAGGUGUGCAAGCCACGGCAUCCUGCUCCAUCUCUUUUCCCCUUGCCAGUGAUCACACCGCCCUUCGUGGAACGACCUCAGGUGGAUUCUGAAAUCAAGCUCUCCCGUUGCUGCCUGGCUCGCUGCUUCUUUCCGUUCCCCUGCCAGCCGGUGGGGACCUGCCCCACCUUCUUGGUGCUUGCCUUGAACUUUGUGCACGAAGGCACCUUGUCGCGUGUGACUCUCGCCCUGAACGUUUCCCUUUGCCUCCGGGACGGUCUGGCCCUGAGAGCCUUGCACGACUCCUUGAAUUGGAACAUUUCGCGAGCUGUGCCCUUGACGGGCCUGCGGGAUCUGCCAGCCACUCUGCCCCCCUUGCUGCUCUGCCUGAGGCUGAGGUUAACGGGGCGGGGCGCCUGGGAUGCCGAACCCUGGCUGCAAGGCUGUGAGGUGCCGAACUUGGAAGCUGAGUCUUGGUCUGAGAACCUCUCGUUGGCUCGCUUAUGGUCGGCCCAGGGACUGCUUGGUCUUGUCCAGGGGGAGCCCCAGCAGCGAUACCGAUCACGUGUGUUUAACGCUUUCAAAGAUGCCAUCCGGGACCGCCAAAUUGGGGAUCGGAGGCUGGCCAACAUAGGCGAACGACACAUGCAAGGCCCAUCGGCUGACCUUCCCCCUGGCUUCCUUCUUGCUGGGCUCGUCGUGCCCCGUUUUCGUGCGCAGGUCACCGGCUACUGCAGUGAUAGAAAGGACUUCUAUCACCAAUUUAGGGUGACAGAGGAGCGGGCCAGUACGAACUCCCUGGCUUUUGGAUAUAGUGCUGCUGAGCUUGGCCCUGAGGUCAUGUCCCGCUCGCCUGUCCUGUGGGAACAGGGUGCCCCCACGAGCUCGUUGACACCUUGCUUCAGGUCGCUUUACCAGGGCGAUCACAUGGGAGUUGAGUUUGUCCUUGCUGCCCAUGCCUCGCUGUUGAAGUAUGGUGGUGCCCUCCUUGACCACACCAGCCUUCAGAACCAUCGGGCCUUCCCCCUGGGAGAUACUGUGCAGGCCCUGGUCAUCGACGAUUUGGUUGGGAUCAGUGUGCUGCCGGCCGCCUGUGACCCUCAAGGACCUUCUCCCGUCCGUCACUUGCACAAAGCUGCUGGAGAGGUGUACCAAAGGUUCAGCGUGCUGGGCUCGCCUGAGAAGGAUGUCAAUGGAGAGAGCUUGUUCACAGCCAUUGGCUGUGAGAUAGACUCUAGAAAGCAUAGUGUCAGGCGUGGGCUUGUGACCGCUGCUGCGCCCCUUGGUCGGAGGCUGGGCCUUGCUUCCCUUAGCCUCCGGGCUGCCCGUCUGCCUGUCACUUCGUCUGGCUUGGUCUCGCGCCUGACGGGGGCCUGGACUUCGGCUUUCCUUUUCCGGAGAUGCUGUAUGGUGGUCCUGUCUGAGGCCUUCUCUGUUGCGAACCGGGCUGCUGAGGAGCCAAGGCAAAGCAAGCGGCCCAUCCCCAUGUCGCGCCGGCUUGCGCAGGAGCUUGUGCUGGCCUCUGUGUUUUCUGUUGCCGCGUGUGCCGACCUGACUGCUGAAGUCUCCGACCGUCCUUGUGGCAAAACGGUGACCGGAGAGGCUGCCGGCUUGGCCCCGGAGGAGGAGGACCUUGCUGACGACUUUCGCCCCCCGGGCCUCCAAAGCAGGCACUACGAUGUCCUUGCUCCCUCCUUUGCUGGUUGGCUUAGCGACAUGCUUCAUGGGGGCUGGGUGCGUGGACUUCUUAUGUGUCCUCCUUGUGCUGUCUGUGGUGUUGGGCCCGCUCUGGCCUACUGGAAGCGAUGCUUGGGUUUCCUCCGCCUGGCCUCUGCGCUUGGGGUCCCCUGCCUGCUUCUCCUUCCAGGCCCUGCUUGCUGCGUUCUUGGGCCCGUCCUGGAAAGGUUUGUUGGCUCGCUUUCCUGCGAACGGCGGUGGCUUGCUUUCAAGAAGCUGGGUGCUCAAGAGCCUGGCGGCCUGAUGUGUAUCCACUGCUUCUUUGACGGUGCUGCCCUGGACUCCUUUGAGGGCCCUGCUGAGUAUGAUGCCCCUUCUUCUCUUGGGGCUAGUGAGCGCUCGCUCCUUGGCCUUGGGCUCCUCAGGUGCUUUUCUCGCACGUUCUUGGCACGGGCGGCUCUUCUUGACAAGCCUGGCAUCGAGUCUGUCGCCGUGAAUGACGUGCUCUCUGCUGGCGACUGGGCUGUCGACACGGUGCUUCCCUGGAAGGGUGACUCUCAUAUCAAUGUGCUUGAGCUUGCUACGGUCGUUGCUUUGCAUCGCCAGCUUGCUGCGUCGCAUGCUGAUUGCAGGAUUACAGUUUUAGUCGACAGCCAGGUUGCAAGUGCCGCCGCGAAGGGGAGGUCGUCUUCGCGAUCCUUGAGCUUUGCUUUGAUGAGGUCGACGGCCCUCCAGCUUGGUUUCGGCUUGUUCGUUGCUUACGGCUUUGCACCUACCCGCCUCAAUGUCGCGGAUGACCUCACGAGAUUGCUGAACUUCGGGCCCCGUCCGCUCGCCGCCUCUACGAGCUCCUUCCGACGACUGUGUGGCACUUUGUCUCCGCCCUGCGCCUUCGCCGCCCGCUUGCUUCUUGGGCGGCUUUUUCUCCUCGUGGCUUUUGACUCUCCCUACGACAAGCACUUCCUUGUGUCCCUGCUUUCUGGGCCUUUCUUGGGGAGGCUUCCUGGAGCUGAUCAUAGCCGUCUGGACUUUGACUCCACUUUGGACUUUCCUGGUGAGGGGCCGCGCCUCCCCCUUUGCCUUCUUACUGUGCCCUCCCUCGGCCCUUUGGACUUCUGCCUUUCAGCUGGGCCCUCAGGUCGCCGUGCUAGCUCCCACUCCUUUGUCUUAGUGGUAGAGCUCUUUCUCCACUUCUUUGAGGCUGCCUCGAGCCUUCUUUGCCUUCUGGACUUUGACGCCACUUUGCGCUUUCCUGGUGAGGGUUGGGGCUGGUUCAGGGUUUUCUUUCAGCUCACCUGCGCCAUGGCUGUGGUUGUGCCUAGCACCCCUGCAGAACACGAGAGAGCUCGCAGGAGGUCACCUGUUCUCCUAGUUGCUGACCGUGUGGUGAGACCGGUGACCAGGACAAAGAGAGAGAGGCUGUCUGCUGCCUUUGACGAGUGGCUCCUUGAGACUCAUGGCAUCUCCCUGAGGAGCUUACUUGACGCUCCAGGGGAUGUCUCUGAGAAGGUUGCGAAUCUCUUGGUAGGUUACGGACAAGCUCUUUUUCGCGGAGGCCAACCCUACUACAAGUAUUCCGAGACCAUAAAUGCUGUCGCUGCCUUAAAGCCUAGCAUCAGGCGCAGCCUUACAUAUGCUUGGGAUUUGGCGUUUGCUUGGCUUACUGAAGCACCUCACUGCCAUCAUAAGGCGAUGCCGCUGGGGAUCCUGCUAGCUGUCCUCAGUGCAGCUUUGGCGUGGGGUUGGGCGGCCGAAGCCGCGCUUUUUGGUUUGGCUUGGGCUGGCCUUCUUCGACCUGGUGAGGUACUCAGUGCAAGGAGGAUUGACCUUAUCCCCCCUAGAGACGCUGCACCUGGCACGAAACACGCGUUAUUGGUGAUCAGGAACCCAAAGACGCGCGGCAGAGCUGCGCGACACCAGAGCGCGAGGGUUGACCCUGCAAACGUGAUCGAGCUUCUCGAUGCUGUGUUUGGAAAACUCCCUGGCCACGCGCUCCUUUGGCCGCAGUCUGGUGCUACCUUGCGUCGGCGAUUGGAGCAGAUUCAGGAGAGGCUAGGCUUGGUUGAAGCAGGAAAGCCUGCUUUUGACCUGAGCUCCUUCAGGCCGGGGGGAGCUACCUGGGCCUUGAACGCCACAGAGAACUCCGAGCUGGUCAGACGACGUGGCCGCUGGUUGUCGUUGCGUGUAAUGGAUAUUUACCUCCAAGAGGUGGUGGCUAUAACUUAUUUGCCAUCGUUGGAGCCGAGCACCCGCGAGUGUGUCGACUCCCUGGCUUCUCAGUUUACCGCUAUCCUGCAGAGGGUGAUAUUCUUCAUGUCUCGUGGCAUUCCAAGGGCCGCCUGGUAUGCUCUUCUUCGGCCUCAUCUUUGA